AUGGCGAGCCCAGCUCCAACCCCUCGGUCUCGAAAUUUGGACCGCUCCUCCAUGCUCCGCUUCUUCCUGGUGGGGAGCACGGGCGGCCGGAAGAGCUCCGAGGGGACCCUGCUGGGAGAUGAGGCGAGCCCUGGGUCCUUGAUGAUGGACCGCCAGGGGCGAGUGGGGAGGAAGGAGCCCAGGCGGCCGGCCCAGGGGCACCGCACCCCCUCUGAGGCCCUACCACAGCGUGAUCCCUUGGGGCUGGGGGGCAUGAGGGCCCAGACCACCCCCUCCAUGAAGGUCUUGAGCCUCAUGGCCCCAGGUGUAGAGGUAAAGUGGGUGCUGCCCAGAGGAAGCCAGGAGGUCCUGGGCAACCUGUCUGAGAAGGCGCAGAGGGAAGAGGAGGAGGAGGAGGCAGCAGGGGCCCCAGACAGGGGCCACUUUGCCCAAGCCCUGGAGGUGGAGCAGGGGGCCACGGGGCCACUGGAGGUCAGCCCUGAGGCCCUUGCCGGGGAGGAGCAGCAGCUGCUGGACGGAAUGGGGCGGGCUAACCAGGCGGCCUCCCCCCAGCCCAACCUCCAGCUGUCCCUGCCCGGCCGGGCCGAGCCCACCCCCGUUGCCAGCUGA